UCUUCUCUUGUACCCCCGGGACCCGGACUGGAACAAAGGGGGCGGGAGAGGAGUCUCUGCUCGGAGCUCUGGGCGAGGAGGGAACCCGAGUAACAAAGGGAGCGCCCUGGGCCGGGCCGCCGGGCACCCCGCUGCCCUUUGUCCUAGCCCGGAGCUCACUCCCUGAGCGGCUUCGGCCAGAGGUCAGCCCCGGGCCCCCUCCCCACAACCCUCCGUGACGUCAGCAGCGGGUCGCUUGUGACGUCAGCACCGCGGGGACCCCCCUCUCUUGUGGCCUUUCCCUUGUCCACCUUUCUUUCUGGCCCCAGCGAAAGGAGCCCAGCCCCCAGCCGCUCUAGCGAAGCCUGUGCGCUGUGCCCCUUUCGGGCGGGAGUCCCAGAGAACUCUGGAAAGGGCAGGCUUGCCCCGGGUUCCCGCUGGCUGCCUCUUGACUCCUCCCAGCCCUCCCCGCAGUGAGAAGGGCUCCCGGGCGCGCGUUUCCGGGCCACGGGGGAGCACCUGGCUGGAGGGGUGGGUGGGGAGAGGCCGGCGCUCCUGGCCUCCUUUCUCCUCCCCUCCAGCCGAAGGGCAGGGCCGGACUAGCCUCAGCCCACACCUGGCCCCGGGGUCACUAGCUUUGGAGACGGGGUGACCGAGGGCCGCGAAAGGGGUCCGCUGGGCGUCGAGGGGCCCGAGCGGGACGAGCCACGGCCUCCUCCCCAGGGCGCCCCCGGCACCAUGUUUAUCUCCCCCCGGGGCCCUUCCUCGGGGGCACCGGGGGACCGGCAGGCCCUGGGCUUUCUCCCCACUCUUGAGAGGCUAAGAGACUUGUCCGGGGGCGCCGAGGGGGCCCCUCCUGAUCCGGGGCGAUCCUGGUGGCUCAGGGAUUCGUUGGAGUGAUUGAAUCUAGCCGGCCCGGCCCGCCUCCCCUGCCGGGCUCACCCGGAGCCUCGGGCACGAUCCGCAGCAUUUCUCCACCCCCUUUUGUCCGGGCUAUUUUCUUCCCACUCCGGGCCUGCCCUUUCUCCUCUCCUCCCCCGCGGGGCCAGGAGGGCGAAGAAAGGUAAAGGCUGCCCGCCUGGCUAGGACCCUGCCUUGCCUGACCAUCUGUUCCGCUCUGAUCGGCCCUCCCCCAGCUGGUGCCAACCCCAGGGUACAAAGGGAGGGCUGCCGGCGGGGCGUUCAGCAGACUUCCUGCCUCAGCGACCCCCCCACCCCGACUCUCCGAGUCCUCCCAGUGUGAGAUUUCUCUCCUUCCUUCUCCCACGUCCCCUCAUGGACCCUAGAGAUUCAUCUUCUGGACAGAGAAUAAGCCCAGCGGAGCCCCGCUUCCCUCCAGGGCUCUCCCAGACAGGCCAGAUUGGAGGCUCUCUCCACACAGGUGGGCAGAUGGCCUGGCACUGGCCCUUGGCAUCGGGGAGGACUGCCACCGAACCCAACUGGCAGCGUGCUUCUAGGGGUGAUGCCGGGAAGACUCUGGGGAGCAUCCCUCCGGGCAGGCUGAGGAGUGAAGGCGUUUUCAAGUGUCCGGAGGACCAGCUUCCCCUGGACUACGCGAAGAUCUACCCGGACCCGGAGCUCGAGGCGCAGGUGCUGAGCCUGCCCAUCCGCUGCAUCCACAGCGAGGAGGGCUGCCGAUGGACGGGGGCCUUACGCCAGCUGCAGGUCCAUCUGAGCUCCUGCGGCUAUAACGUGGUGGCCUGCCCCAACCGCUGCAACGGCAAGCUGAGCCGCAGGGACCUGCCCAGCCACCUGCAGCACGAGUGCCCCAAGAGGAGGCUCAAGUGCGACUUCUGCGGCAUCGACUUUACUGGGGAAGCCUUUGAGAGCCACGAGGGGGUCUGCCCGCAGGAGAGCGUGUACUGCGAGAACAAGUGCGGGGCCCGCAUGAUGAGGCGGCUGCUGGGCCAGCACAUGAUGGCCGAGUGCCCCAAGCGUACCCAGCCCUGUGCCUACUGCACCAAGGAGUUUGUCUACGAUACCAUCCAGAACCACCAGCACCAGUGCCCCCGCUACCCCAUUCCAUGCCCCAACCAGUGCGGGAUGGGCAGCAUCCCCCGAGAGGACUUGAACAGCCACCUGAAGGAGAACUGCAGCACGGUGCCCGUCCUGUGCCCCUUCAAGGACGCCGGCUGCAAGCACCGGUGCCCCAAGCUGGCGAUGGGCCGCCACAUGGAGGAGAGCGUGAAGCCGCACCUGGCCAUGAUGUGCGCGCUGGUGAGCCGGCAGCGGCAGGAGCUGCAGGAGCUGCGCAGGGACGUGGAGGAGCUGUCGGUGGGCUGCGACGGGGUCCUCAUCUGGAAGAUCGGCGGCUACGGGCGCCGCCUGCAGGAGGCCAAGGCCCGCGCCAACCACGAGUGCUUCAGCCCGGCCUUCUACACCCACAAGUACGGCUACAAGCUGCAGGUGUCGGCCUUCCUCAACGGCAACGGCAGCGGCGAGGGCACCCACCUGUCGCUCUACAUCCGCGUGCUGCCCGGCGCCUUCGACAACCUGCUCGAGUGGCCCUUCGCCCGGCGCGUCACCUUCUCGCUGCUGGACCAGAGCGACCCGGCCGUGGCCAAGCCGCAGCACGUCACGGAGACCUUCCACCCGGACCCCCACUGGAAGAACUUCCAGAAGCCGGGCACCUGGAGGGGCUCCAUGGACGAGAGCGCCCUGGGCUUCGGCUACCCCAAGUUCAUCUCCCACCAGGACAUCCGCAAGCGGAACUAUGUGCGCGACGACGCCGUCUUCAUCCGGGCCUCCGUGGAGCUGCCCAAGAAGAUCCUGAGCUGAGGCCCGGCGAGGCACGUCCCUGCUGCCGAGGCCCGGGGCAGGCCGGCGGGUGCGACGACGGCAGGGGCACCGAGGGGGGCGGGCCCCCCCUCCCAACGAGGCCGCCGCCCCUUCCCCCACCACACCCCUUCCUCAGGUGCCUCUUCUUGGUGCUUUUUCCCCAGUUCCCUGCCCCUGCCCCCCAGGGGAAGGGCAGGGGAACGGCACACUGGGGUCUUCAAGGGCUUGAAAUCAAGGAUCCCACGAGCUGUCUCCUUUCCAGGGGGGGCCCUCAGCUGCCUUGCCCGACUGCCCGCUGUACUGUACUGGGGAGCAAGGUGAGCGGCUUGGCCCCCAUCCCAAGAGCCAUAGGGAGAGGUGGGGCCGGAGUUAGCCACCGCUGGUGCGGUCAGCUCGUUUUUUUUAACUCCUCCCCUCCCCCACCCCCGAAGCUGUGCCCUCUGUGGUUAUUUAUUCCUCAGUGCCCAGCGGGCCACAGCAGGGGAGCCCUGGUUUGUAAUAAAUUCUGGAUUGUGUAUUUA